GUCAGCCUCACUCCAGCACUGAGUGCCUAUAGGAAGACUAUUCUCUUGUCUUUGAACAAUGUUUUAGCUUCUAUGCUUUAAGCUUUCAAAAUGAUUAGAAAACUUUUCAUGAUUCUACUUAUGUUGCUUUUGACUCCAGGAGAAGCAAGGAAAUCAUUUCUUAGUUUUCUGAAUAUAGGGAAGACUGAAACACUGUUUUUCACAAAGACUGAAGAAACCAUCAUUGUCGAAUCGAGUUACAAAGGUAAGCGGGCCAACUCCAGCUACCUUUUUGUGCAAACAGAAGAUCCUAAGAUUCUGCAGGUGCUGAAUGUGACCAAGACCUUAUCAGGCAUUACCAAGUUUGCUAUCAACCUAAUGACAGAUCAAGAAGGAGAGACAAACUUGACCAUUCAACUCUGGGACCCUGAAGGUAGGCAAGAAAGACUCGUUGAAGAAAUUAGGAAUGUUAAAGUCAAAGUAAGCAAACAAACAAAAGACAGCCUUUUCCCGGCACCGGUGCAUGUGGACAGGAGAAUCUUAAUGCUUAUUUUAUCAAUGAUACUGUUAAAUAAAUGUGCCUUUGGUUGCAAGAUUGAAUUGCAGGUUCUUCAGAUGGUGUGGAAGAGACCUUUACCGGUACUUCUCGGGGCAGUUACACAGUUUUUUCUGAUGCCAUUUUGUGGUUUCCUUUUGUCUCAGAUUUUAGCAUUGCCCAAAGCACAAGCUUUUGGAUUUGUCAUGACUUGCACAUGCCCAGGAGGUGGUGGGGGUUAUAUCUUCGCUCUGCUUCUAGAAGGAGAUGUCACUUUGUCCAUUUUGAUGACUUGCACAUCCACAUUACUGGCCCUGAUGAUGAUGCCUAUCAAUUCAUAUAUAUAUAGUAGGAUAUUAGGAUUAUCAGCUAUAUUUCAUAUUCCUGUUAAUAGAAUUGUGUCAACACUCCUGUUCAUAGUUAUACCGGUAUCUGUUGGAAUAAUCAUCAGACAUAGAAUACCUGAAAAAGCAAACUUGUUAGAGAGAAUAAUUAGACCUCUUAGUUUUGUUUUAAUGUUUACUGGCAUGUAUUUGACUUUCAGAAUGGGAUCAACGUUUCUCAAGUUAGCUAACCUAGAGGCGCUUCUUUUGGGUCUCUCGGUUCCUGCCUUGGGUUUGCUGUUUGGAUAUUCCUUUGCUAAAGUCUGUGUGCUGCCUCUCCCUGUUUGUAAAACAGUUGCCAUCGAAAGUGGGAUGUUGAAUAGUUUCUUAGCCCUGGCCAUUAUUCAGCUGUCUUUUUCACAGUCCGUCGCAGACCUAGCUUCUGUGGCUCCUUUUCUUGUAUCCGUCUGUUCCAUAUGUGAAAUACUACUAAUUCUUCUGGUCCACAAGGCUAAAAAUUGUCUGUAACAUUUUUUUCUCCAUCACAAGUUAAAGCACGACUCAUUUCCUAUUGAGUGAGGGACUGCGAGAAGUUUGAAAACUAUGUAAAAUAAUGCCUGCCCUCAAGGCGUUAACAAUCUGGUAAAAAUUUAACAUGAGAGGGGAUCUGAGCAAAGUGUCUAUAAUGUACAUGCCAAGCCCCUGAUCAGUAUGCAUUACAAACAGUUAAAUGCACAGGAGUCUAGAAGAAGGUGACAGCUUUCCUCUGGGUAUUCCAUGAAUGCUUCAUAGAAUAAGAUGAGAAUAAGAUAUUGUGUCAUGUUCUCUUAAAUGAGAAAAAAGCCCUAGAAAGCUCUUCUUGUAGUGAAAUCGAUAUAAUCCUAAGUAUUUAAAAAAAGGUUGCCCAUGUAGUAGACAUUCAACAAAAGCUCACUCAGUAAAUGCAUGUGAGAAUCCCAUUCUUAUUUUGUCAUUGGCUUAUCAAAGUCAACGUGUCUUAAACUCAAGUCACAUCUCUGCUGUCCUAGCUGCACAUACUCCUGUCUUCUCUACCGCCCACUAAAGCCAUUACUGUUUACCCCAAGAAACAGAGUCGUUAAAUCUUCUCCCCCUCCCUUCUUUCUUUUCU